UGUACACGGCGUUUAAUUUUUGCUGGUGUUUUGGUUUGGACCGUUUCCUUCUGCUGCCGUUUUUCGAAUCACAAUCUGAUCAUGGAUUUUACCAGUAAUUAUAAAAAAAAGGGCAUGGCCCUUGACCAAGAAGGUAAGAGAAUAAUGAGAGUGAAGCGGAGGUCGGUCGACCAGCGCUCGCAGAGAGAUACCACCUUCAUGCGCCACCGUGACGUUCAGAAACUAGCUCCUCUGAAAGAGAAUCUUGAUGCUAAUGUGCAAAGGUCAACUCUACCCCCGACAGCAGCAGCAAAGAAACCUGUCGACGCAAACCUAACCAGGAAGGAAAUGCUCCAGAAAUGGAAAAAAGAACGGGAUAUAAAGAAAACAUUGGAGAAGGAGAAGAGUAAGAAACCCAUGUUCAAGGUUUGCAAAGUUGUAGCGGAGAAAAAGCCCACCAAUCUAUCGACAAGCAGGACCCAGAAAAAUCCUGCCUUCAAGAGAACUGAGGUCCAGACUAAACCAGAAAGGCGAGUUACCCGUGCCUCAACAAGAACUUCAGCCAGCAAGCCGGUAGCUGCACAUGCUAAACCUAAAGCUGCUGCUGUCCCUGUUUCUACAAGAACCACUAGGCAAUCAACAAGACUGGCUGCAUCAAAACCUACAGUAAACCGUAGUGCAAAAAGUAAGGUGUCCAGCAAGCCAAGCACAGAGAUGUUUGCAUUACCAUCACUCAGGAAUAUAACCAGCGAUAGGGGUCAAGCUUUCCAGGCUGCUGAUCUCGGAGAGUCUUUCGCUCCGGCUAAUUUUAAUUUCAACCUGCAGUUUGAGCCCAUGAGCCCGGCCAGCACACAGAGUUUUCUUUUCCCGGGAACAGCCACGAGAAAAGGAAGGUGUUCAACGCCCCUCUCAAGUAUGCGGAGAAAGAGAGAGCCCUCCCCGCAACCUCUCGAGAUCUCUGCCAUCUCUGCUCCUGUCGUCCAUUCUCCAAAGAGAGUUCCCGCCCCACAACCUCUGGAGAUCUCUGCCAUCUCUGCGCCUGUCGCCCAUUCUCCAAAGAGAGUUCCCGCCCCGCAACCUCUGGAGAUCUCUGCCAUCUCUGCGCCUGUCGCCCAUUCUCCAAAGAGAGUUCCCGCUCCGCAACCUCUUGAGAUCUCUGGCAUCUCUGCGCCUGUUGUCCAUUCUCCAAAGAGAGUCGUCCAUUCUCCAGCCAAGAAACAUGACGUAUCAUCCUUCCGUAGUUUAGUGGUGACAGAGACAGCAAGGUUGAACGACUUAAGCAGUAAAUGGGAGACAGUUCAAAAAGUAGAGACACUCACCGAGGAAGUACUUGGUGAGAUUCGCAGCACUAUCGGCAAGGCCCAGCUUCUAAUAGACCAGAGGUUUAAGCAGUUCUCUGGACUAGUGGAUAACUGUGAGUUUGGCAGUGGUGAGAAAGAGACCAAUCCAUCGGAUCUAACAGGAUUCUGGGACAUGAUCUUCUUUCAGGUUAAAGAUGUUCAUGGGUUGUUUGCCCAACUGGAUAAACUACAAGAUAACAACUGGCAGAAGGAGAAACCGGUUCUAACCAGUGUUAAACCUAAGAAGGUUAUUAAGAAGUCAAAACCAGCCCCAACUGUGACGAAACCCAACAAGGACCGUGACGCAGCACGCCAGCGUCUCCAAGCCAUCAAGGCUGCCAUGAAGGUGAAGGUUACAAGGGCACGUGCCUCUGAACAGGUCGUCUUUGAGGGCGGCUUUUUUAAAGUUGAGAGUCCAGUACGAAGCCCUGCCCCACACUGUGAAGCUGGUUCACCAUUUAAACCUUCCCGGAUCGGUGCUGGACCCGGUAGCAAUACCAACACUCCAAGGAUCCAGAGCUAUACCCCCAAAAAUGCAAGACACUCCAUCCAGAGCAAGCUAUGCACCCCUCUCAGCAAGUUAGUCCUCGGUGAGGUCGUAGACAAGUCAUUGUUAAACUCUUCCAGAGACAGGACUCCAAGACCUAGUGGUGUUAUCAACCGGGAAGAGCAAGAGGAUCCAUUUGCAAGGUACCUGAAGCCGUCAGCCAUCUCCAUGACGGAUUCAAACAGUGGUGUUUUAUUGGCAGGAUUGGACAGUCCUCAAGUCUGUAGGACCUCCUUGCAGGCGUCCCUUCUAUCAGAUGUGUUUACACCACCCCAGUUGCAGUUCCCAACCAACGUGCAAACACCCAAACAGAUUGCAAAUGACCUCAUAUGUUUUGAUUCACCUGCUCCGGCCAAGACGGGAUUGUAAACAGAGAGGCCGGUGGUUUACAGGGAAAGACAAGGAUCCCAACAUCUCAACUGAUGUCCUAGGUUUCGCUUAUUGCAGUUUUAAUGCCAUGGACAAAUUGAAAACUCGGUACUACAGAGUUUUUUGUGCUAGACCGCUUCGUUUUUAGGCCCUGUAAGCAUCGCUGCAUGGCUAUUUGCUUUGGCCUUGCAGAGCUUGGUUGAUCAUUCGAUGUUAACUCCCCAAAGUAUUUAAAGAUGACACAAUAGAUCCUGAAACAAAGCCGAGGUAACUACUUUAUCAACUUCCAAGACAGAGGGGAGCUAAUAUCGACUGUUCAACUGAACUAAACCAUGUUAAUUUGUUUUACUAUACCUCAUACCUCAGCAACUGAUUAGGAUGACUGUGAACUAAAGUGAAUGUUUUUGUUUUCCUGAAAGCGCUUGCGCACAACAAUUUGGGGAACUCGAAUGCACGCUUAGUAAACAACAAAGAUAGCGUCUGGCACAUGAUGUUGAAUGGUCCAGUGGGAAUUGAACUCUAGGUCAUGAAUAAUGUAUGAGGUAUAGUAAUAGAAAUUGUGCACUCAAAACGGUGAAUCGUUUAAAAGAUAACAAUCAUUAUGUCAGUGGAAAAAUGGAAAAAGUGGUGUUUGAAACUGGUGCUGAUCGCUUCCAAACUUUUAGAAUUACCUGUUCUGAAAUCAUGUUAACCAUGGCAUGUUCGUUAGUUUGUUGGUUUGUUUGUUUGUUACUGGGAGUUUUUAUGGUAAUGUUUUGUGAUCUUAAUUCUUUAUUUGGGUCAUUUCUGUUGUGACAAGUCUGGAUGCAUUUAUGAGAAUGGAACCCAAGGUGUUUAGGCAUCAGAAGAAAAUAUUCAUAUUCCAACCACAAAAUAACAUGGAUAUGUGUUGCUUGAUCUGUACAUACAUGUACAUUUGUAAUAAUGUGUACACUAGGAAAACUCAGUUAGCGUUUAUUCUGAUCCUGUGAAACUUUUAUAACUAAUUAGUAAGUGUGCUUUUAAAAUUAUACAAAUUUACAUUUUUGAAAAGGAAUAACUAAUUACCACAUCUGUAAAACCAUAGUUAUUUGAAUAACUUUUCAAUUUAAUAUAGUAUUUUGUACAAGUGAGUUUUGUAGUCUGAAUUACAAGGGCAGGGCUUUAGAGUAAAUUUCCAGGGAUAUGUGACUUG